AUGUCGGACCGUGUAGCGCAAAUCGCAUCUCACCUGAACUACCCCAAGGGUAUGCUCGCCGGCCAAGUUGCCAUCAUCACCGGCAGCGGACAGGGAAUCGGCGCCGAAGCCGCGCGGCUCUUUGCCAACGAGGGCGCAAAGGUUGUCGUCUCCGACAUUGACGGCAAAAAAGCACAGCAAGUCGCAGACAGCAUCACCGCCGCAGGCGGCCAAGCAAUCAGUGUCCCCGGCGACAUGCUCUCAGCAGACUACAUCACCACCCUCGUCGCCAAAGCAGCAGAGUUCGGCGGCGGCAAGAUCCACCACAUCGUCAACAACGCCGGCUACACCUGGGACGGCGUGAUCCACAAGAUGACGGACAAGCAGUGGGACACCAUCAUCGCACUGCACUCCACCGCACCCUUCCGCCUCGUCCGCGCUGCGGCCCCUUACUUCCGCGUAAAGGACGGCGAGAACCGCUGCGUCGUCAACAUCAGCUCCACCUCGGGCGUCCACGGCAACGCGGGCCAGGCGAACUACGCCAUGGCGAAAGCCGGUGUCACGGGCUUGACCAAGACGAUUGCCAAGGAGUGGGGCCCCGCGUUUGGCGUCAGGGCGAAUACUGUUGCGUUUGGGUUCAUUAAGACGCGGUUGACGGAUGCCAAGGAGAAGGGUGCGUUUAUUACCGGGCCGGAUGGCGAGAAGAUUGCGCUGGGGAUUCCACAGGCGCAGAAGGCUGGGGCGGCUGAGCAGGAUGCGCAUGCUGAUAUUCCGUUGCGGAGGCCUGGCUCGCCUACUGAGGCGGCUUCCGCGGUGCUUGCUGUUGUUAGUCCGCUGUUUAGCUACGUGAGCGGCCAGACGAUCAUGGUGACUGGUGGUCGGAACAUGUAA